AUGUCCGAUUUGCCCCUCCACAAAAUCCACGACACUCUGCCUCCCGGUGUGGACACGUUUGAUGUCUUCAUUGCGGGCUCGGGACCCAUAGGCGCGACGUAUGCACGUCUCCUCGUCGAUCAAGGCUACCAUGUUUGCAUGGUCGAGACCGGCGACCAGGGAACUCGCAUCCCGGCCGCGCACAAGAAAAAUGAGAUUGAAUACAAAAAAGACAUCGAUCGUUUUGUCCGAGUCAUCCAGGGAGCGUUGUCGAUUGCAUCGGUCCCGUCGAGCACCGCCAAUAUGGUGCUGUCCGACCCUUCGUCCUGGCGGGCUGAAGAUCCGAAUGCCCCGAUUAAUGCCAUGGGCUCGAACCCCCGACAGAAGGUGCACAAUAACCUCCCGGGCGAAGCUGUAACUCGAUGUGUGGGCGGAAUGAGUACGCAUUGGACAUGCUCUACUCCCGAGUUUCUGGCUGGCCUCGAGCGCCCCAAGUUUUGUGACGAUGAGAAAACCGAUUCCGCCGAGUGGAAAGCUCUCUAUGAGUGUGCUCGUCGCAUGAUCGGGACCUCCGACACACAGUUCGACCAAUCAAUUCGCCACAACGUCGUGCUGAAGGCUCUCCAAGCGGCGUACCCUGAUCGCGGAGUCAAACCGCUUCCCCUUGCUUGCCAUACCACGGAGGACGACAUCGAAUGGCACGCCGCCGAUAACAUUUACGGCGACAUGUUUACCAAUCCCAACAAGAUGAACGGUGACGGAACCCGUCGUGGCGUGUUUAAGCUGUUGCCCAACACCCUCUGCACGAAGUUGCAUUUAGCGGGCCAGACUCUGCCUACGGACCCCGAUCCAGAACAGAUAUACGUCGCCGAGGUUCGUGAUCUGAAAGCCAUGCUUCAACAUCAGAAGAGUUCCGACUUUCAUAUUCGUGCAAAAAUCUUUGUGCUCGCUGCGGGGGCCAUUGGGACUCCCCAGAUUUUAGCAAACUCUGGAUUCGGUGGAACUCGAGAGACCGACAAACCGCAACUUAUCCCCCGGCUGGGCUUUGGCAUUACUGAACAGCCUAUGACCUUCUGCCAGGUUGUCUUGCGUCAAAAUUUGGUUCGAAAAUUUCUCAUUGCCUCGUCCCAGUGUGCUAAUGACAGUGUCAAGGUCGAAGACAUCGCAAAUUUAAGCGACAAACCUGACUGGUGGAAGGAAGCUGUAACGAAGCACAAGAAAGAUCACCCGAACGACUCGCUCCCCAUCCCAUUCAUGGACAAGGAGCCCCAGGUUACUAUUCCUGUGAGUGCGGAGAGACCUUGGCACGUCCAGGUCCACCGUGACGCAUUCAGUUAUGGUGAAGUGGGUCCGCUCGUCGAUGCGCGAGUCGUGGUCGAUUUGCGGUUUUUCGGCAUGCAGAAAAGUGUGCCAGAGAAUCGGAUCAUUUUCGAAACCGACGUGAGAGACGCGUACGGUAUGCCCCAGCCCACAUUCGAGUAUCAGCCAACCCAAGAGCAUGCCGCUGAGGCGACUCGGAUGAUGAACGACAUGACGGACGUUGCGAACAAGCUCGGGGGAUACCUUCCGGGUGCAGGGCCUCAAUUCAUGGCACCAGGUCUUGCCCUUCAUCUUGGAGGUAGCAUUCGCGUUGGAAACGACCCAAACACUACGGUGGCCAAUUAUCACAGCCAAGUAUGGGGUUUCAAUAAUCUCUACGUCGCUGGGAAUGGUCUGAUUCCGACGCCCUUCGCUGCGAAUCCGACCCUGACGUCGAUGUGCUUCGCGAUUCGUGCUGCGCAGAAGAUCCACACUCAGCUCAGUAAAACCCCACGCACUAUGCCACCGGCGCCGGAGCAUAAGAUGGAGCGUACACCUGAGAGCUGGUUCAAGUGGGCAAAAGACCGCUCCGAUCCAAACUUCCCCAAGCACGAAAAGGAGCCCUACGAGGUUAUCAGUUUUUAG